UCAUUCCUGCUUCUUCCAGUGUGCAGCUUUCCAGCUAUGUCUCCAAUCAGCUCCUGAGGACAAGAGGAGGAUUUCUGUCAGUAUCUCUGUACUCUAAGCAGCAGACACCAUGUGAGCAGACCUCAUCCCUGCCUGGAAGGGACCCAGCUCUAGGAUCCUGCAGGAUUCCAGUCUUCUCCAAGGCUUUGGCAUAAGCUAUGCUUCCCUGGAUAUCAACUUCAGCCAGUCUCUGAUCAUAGGAAAACAAAUCAAGAAGAGAAGCACCCAAAUGAGCAUGGCAGAUUGCAGUGCUGGGGCUAUCAUGCAGCUGAGCCUGUGUUUGCCAGAGCACCCCGAGACCACCCCUCCGGAGAAGCAAAGUUCACCCUCACCUCGCCUGCCAUUGCUGACGAUGUUCUGCUCCUCUGCGCAGCGAUCCCGCAACUGGUGCGACCUGUGGAACAGCGCAGUGAGCAGCCAAAACUUCCUGCAGCUCGAUCCGCGCCUCUCCCGCACUGCCUUCGCCGUCUCCGGGUGCCUGCGUCUGCGUAAGGGGGAGUUCCUCAGCGCGGCGGCCGGGGCGGACAAGAUGGAGGUGAAGGAUGCAAACGCUGCAUUGCUCAGUAACUUUGAGGUGUUCCAGUUACUCACUGAUCUUAAGCAGCAGCGCAAAGAGAGCGGGAAGAACAAGCAGAGCUCUGGUCAGCAGAAUCUGAACACGAUCAUGUAUGAAACACUGAAGUACAUUUCAAAAACACCCUGUAGAUACCAGAGUCCUGAGACGGUGAGAAAUUUCCUCAUAGCAAUGAAAGGCCAUAAGCUAACCAAGGCAGAAAAGCUCCAGUUGCUUAACCACAGGCCUGUGACAGCAGUUGAAAUACAGCUGAUGGUAGAAGAAAGCGAGGAAAGGCUCACAGAAGAGCAGAUUGAGUCACUUCUCCAGACAGUCACCAGUAUUCUUCCAGGGGAUCCAGUAGAACAACAGAGAGACUCAGCAAUGGCAACUGAAGACAAAAGUGACCAAGUGUAGGAGGCAUCUAGACCAAAGCUGGCAACAAUUUCAGCAGAAGAGAAUCAGCUAAUAUUUUUCUGGUUUUUACUUGAUACCAGUUUCAUCUUGUACUGGACAUCAUUGUAAAAUAUGUUACCAUUUUUAUGACUCGGAGGUGAUGAGAGAACCAAUUGUUCACCAGAAAGCACGGAAAAGGACACUAUUGUUUUGGCAUUUUGUCAUAAACAGAGAUGGUAAUAACUGACUUUGUAAUGUCUGAGAAAUUAUGGGGCACAGAAUCUGAAGCUUUUGUGUUUUUUCCAUUAUCCGUGUAACAGCUGUACAUUUGAAUAGGCUCAUAUACAGCUGGCAGUGUUUUAAUUAUCACAGCAGUGCUAUAAUUAUAAUUGCUUUCAUAUGUUUUUCAAUUGCCCAACUGGUUUUCAGAAUACGGUCUACAAUACAAAGCCAACUUGUGGAGCUGUUUCUGAAGAGGGCUCCUUUCAGUGACCAGAACAGAGAGUAAUGUACAAAAACUGCUUGGUAUGUGGCCAGACAAUUUCAUGUAGGCUGUUGGCAUCAUGGAAGUGAGAGGAUCUGUUGGAAGGGUAACUGUUCUCAAGGACGUCUGGCAUUUCUUGAUAAAAGAAUGAUCCAGAUCAUCAGCUAAAUCAAUGUAUUGCCACCGUAAUCAGCUGCAUUGGACCAUUUUACAGCAGCUGAGGCUCUGGACUCAGAUGUUAAGGCUCUUAGUAAUACAAACAGAAGAGCAUUUACUUGAGGUGUAUAUUUUCCCUUCGAACGUUUGUUUCAAUAGUUACAUAUAGACAAGUCACAGUCUUGUGAACAUGCUGUUGACCGUGGAAUAAAUGAGUGAGUCAGCACUGAAGUGGAGUCCUAAUCUGGUUUGGAAGAAUGAGAAUCAGUCCUGGGUAAAGCAGAAUUUUCUGUGUACUGAGCUUCUGUCCGAUGAAAGAUUUCAGGAUCAAGUAUUUAAUGUUGAAAGCAUUGAUGAUUAUAAUAAAUCAUUUGGGUAUAUAUACAUAUAUAUACAUAAAGUCAUAACUUACACAUGGCACUGGUUUUAUACGAUGACUGCAGACCAUUCUUUUAUAAUUAUAAUGUGCUGGAAAUAGAAAUAAAGCUUGAAGUAUAUCCUGAGAAUUUUAUAUCUUAUAGGCAAGAUAUAAGAGCUUGGAUCAGAAUAUCUGACUUCUUUCCUCUGCUGCUGUCAUGGUUUUAUUUUGUGGCUUUAGACAAAGAAUUUAUGCUUUCUGAGCUGUAUACGAAAGGGAGUGAUAACUUCCAGUGUCUGGGGGAUUCGUGAUAUGCAUUUCCACUGUAUUUUAAGCUGCUUUGAUGUUUGGAGAGGAAAAGAAAUAAUUGGAAAAUAGAUUUGUUACCUCUUAAAGGUAAUUUAUCUUAAAUGCAUUCCAAGGCUGGAGACUAAAGGUACAUUUUGACUGGUUAAGUGUAGUAGUGUUAGAGGGAAAAGACCUUGGUGGGUUUUGUGAUACAUGAUUAUGCAUUCUUCUCUCUAAAUGUGCAGCAAAACAAAAGAGAUAAGUAGAUCAUAUCACAGAAUGAUGUGCAAUUAAUUCCAAAAUUAGCAUUUUUACCCUUAGCAGUCAUGGAUGCGGUUUGACAUGCUCUGGCCUUGGGCUGCAAGUGUUUACAUUUUUAGCUGUCUUCUUCUGAAAUGAAGUUACUGAAGCACGUUCUAAGCUUACAAAAAGCAGAUGGAACCAGAUUGCAAGUGCCUUUAGCCAGCAAGAAUAUUUUAACAGAUCUCUGAAGCUGGAUGUUCCCUCUUGGGAAUUGCUGAUUUGUUAUCGUGAUGGAAUUUUGCCAGCAUCCAUGUUGUCCUCUGUUGUAUGUGUGUUGUACAAGAUACAAGAACUUGCUGUUGUAUUUAACCUUUUCAUCAAAAUCAGUUCCAGAUGGAUACAUAUAUUAAACUUGUACAAACACA